AUGAGUUUUAGGCGUGAGAUUGUUGGAGAAGUAACGGAAGUGGGAAGCAAAGUAGAAAAGUUUAAGAUUGGAGACAAGGUGGCAGUGGGAUGUUUGGUUGGGUCUUGUUCCUCAUGCAAAAAUUGUGUCAACAAUCUUGAGAAUUACUGCCAACAAGCGAUUCCCUCAUAUGGUGCCAAGUAUGUGGAUGGUAGCAUCACAUAUGGGGGUUUCUCUGACUUCAUGGUUGUAGAUGAGCACUUUGUUGUCAACAUUCCAAAUGGCCUACCUCUUGAUGUUGCUGCACCUCUCCUUUGCGCAGGGAUCACAGUGUAUGGACCUUUGAGAUAUUUUGGCCUUGACAAACCUGGUAUGCACCUCGGAGUGGUUGGCCUUGGUGGAUUAGGCCAUCUGGCUGUGAAGUUUGCAAAAGCCCUUGGCAUGAAAGUUACUGUCAUUAGUACCUCUCCUAGUAAGGAACAAGAAGCCAUUCAACAUCUUGGAGCAGAUUACUUUGUGCUAAGUAGAGACCAAGAUCAAAUGAAGGCUGCAAAUUGUACCUUGGAUGGUAUAAUCGACACUGUUUUUGCGGUUCAUCCUCUAAUGCCUUUGAUUGAUCUUUUGAAGUCUCAUGGAAAGCUAGUGACG